AUGGCUUGGCGACUUCCUGCCUCAUGGACAAACUGGGUCGACUUCUGUCUUCCAGACUUUGCCUACGAUUACCGUCACGAAGUCUUCAAACGUGUUGGCCACGACACUUUUCUGAGCGUUGCUCCUGGUGGCAUAGUUCUAUACACUUGCGAACCGGCCGUUAUCAGUCAGAUCACAACCCGGCGUAACGAUUUCCCCAAGCCAACCCACAUUUACACCAGUUUGGACAUCUAUGGUAAGAAUGUGGUCACCACUGAGCGAGAUGCUUGGAGACGACACCGCAAAGCUACUAGCCCUCCUUUCACCGAAAAGAACAACCAUCUGGUCUGGGAUGAAUCGAUCCGUCAAGCUAAAGCCAUGCUAUCCGAUUGGCUAGGAAAGGAUAGCAAAGGAGGUCAAAAGAUUGACCGAGUCAUGGAUGACACGAUGCGCCUCUCGCUCAAUGUUAUCAGUGCUGCUGGCUUUGGUAGAACCAUGGAUUGGCCCACUGCUGACACUCUAGCCGCCUCGAAAGAGGCAGAUGGAUACGUCGACACCUCGAAAAUUAAGAACGAAGAUCGUGACAUUGAUCCGGGACACAGCAUGUCCUACACAUACGCCAUUCACUGCCUUCUCGAUAAUAUCCUGUUGCAAUUCUUGAUACCACGUUGGCUUCUCGUCCGUUUGCCUGGAGCCACACCAAGGAAAGCGAACGAAGCCUACCACGAAUGGGGCAACUACAUGAAAGAACUUCUUUCGAAGAAGAAGGAAGAUAUCGAAUCUGGUGUAGCGAAUGUGGAAACAAACGACAUUCUUACUCAGCUUGUAAAGCAGCAGCUUGUCAACCAGUCUCAGGACAAAGACAUUAAGAGCAAGAACCAGUUGACAGAAAGCGAAGUCCUGGGAAAUAUGUUCGUUCUGAUUCUGGCUGGUCACGAAACAGCUGCCAACAGCAUACACUUCAGCAUAUUAUAUCUCGCGCUAUAUCUUCAGUCUCAGCGACAUUUGCAAGCAGAUCUGGAUAAAAUCUUCGCUGGUAAAUCACCUGAUCAAUGGGAGUACGACCGUGAUCUACCACAUCUCUUCGGUGGUAUGGCUGGUGCUGUGCUUGCCGAGGAAUUGAGACUUGCACCUCCUGUAAUUGGCAUUCCAAAGAGUACCCAGGAAGGGGUGGGCCCACAGAAGUUGACGGUAGAGGGCAAAGAGUGUGUUGUACCUGGCGACGCUUACAUCUCGCUGUGUACAGGCGCAGCACAUCGUAAUCCUGGGUACUGGCCAACAAGUAAACCACGGUUGCCUGGUGGACGUCCUGCACAUCCAGUUUCGAAUCUUGACAACGAUCUCGAAGAGUUCAGACCAGAACGAUGGCUUCUGAGCGAGGAUGAUGACGCUGUCACGGAUGCGGAUGGCAUUCCGGUAGAAACACUAGCGAAGGACCAAGGUCUUGGCGUCAACGAAUCUUCAGACACCUCUGAUCGAUUAUUCAAGCCUGCCAAAGGUGCCUACUUACCAUUUAGUGAGGGUUAUCGUGCAUGUUUGGGACGACGUUUCGCCCAGGUAGAAGUGCUUGCAGUCUUGGCAAUACUGUUCCAGAACCACUCGGUCGAGCUGGACGUGAGUAGGUACGCAACCGACGAGGAAGUGGAUAAAAUGAGUCUGGACCAGAAGGCGGAAGUAUGGCACAAAGCAGCUGAAGACGCACGAGAUCUAAUGCUAAACGGAAUGGGAGUGAUCAUCACUCUGCAAUUGCGAGCAGGCAAGUAUCUUCCUCGUUGA